AUGAGCUACAGUGGAGAACGAGCCAUGCGGCUGAGUCUAGACCGCGUCAUCACACUUUUUUUGGAACCAGAGGCACGGUCUCAUCCCACAAGAAUUACCUCUGCCACACCUUUCCCGCUCGAGCCAUGCACUGAAUCGAACGAGCUGCAAGCCACCGGAUCAAUCGUUCGCUUCCGCUUGCUUACCUGCGACUUCCAAAUUUCGAAAUCACCCAAGGCUGCUCAAGACCGCAACGUUGGCCCUCGGCGACGACGCAUCAUGAUGGAAUCGGGCGUGAUGCACGCCACGGUGGGCCGUUGCAUUCUCUGCGGCGAUCGAAAGACGUAUCCCGAUGCAUAG